UUCGGUGGAACACCUGCCUUCCUGGCCUCCACAGCGUCGUCGGCGAAACGUCGUCUCAGCUACAACGAGCACAAUCGCAGAUCGUCCUUGGCACGUGCUUCUUGCAGGUCAGCAGUCAGUUUCAUUGGAAUGGGUGACGAUCUGUUAGCCAUGAGGCGAGCGGCCGAGUCUCCAGAAGAUGAGCAUCUGGCUUUCCAUGAGCUGGCAGCAAGGAAGGCUGCAUCAAAGGACAGUAAACAUGGUCACGAUGUUGGUACAAGUUCGCCUACUUUGGUUCAGAGCAAGCCAUUCUAUUCUGGGGGGCGCGUUUUUGGACGUAGUUCUAGGACGAAAAUGCAACACGUUACACGCGGUGUUGGGGGUCGGAAGCGAACGGUUUACUAUGAUGUGGAUGAUUCUGCAUUCUUUCACAUGUCUAGCAACGGAAGGUACUCGAAUGCGAAUGCAAUCUUUGACACUGCGGCAGCUGAAUCGAAGGCUGACGAAGAUGCCAUGUCGACUACUUCCACUGUACUGGGUGGUGCAGGCGGCUCUACAUCGACCGUGUUAGGAGGCGCUGGAGGUUCAACCUCUACGAUACUCUCUGCAAAGAACAAGCCGUUGUAUUCAGCUAAGAGUGGACGAAAGAUUCGUGCUGGAGAGGGAGAACAACAAGCUGGAGGAGGAGAGUUGAAAAUUGAAGGUGGGCAAGACCAAGAGCCUGGUAAUAAAUCUAAGCAUUCAACAGGAGGGCGACCGAUGGUCCAAGUAAUCAGUGGUGGUCAGCAGAGUUUUAAGUCCGCCGACGCAAAGCAUAGCAAUAGUCGCCUUGUUGCGCGUACAGCGUCAGGCGCAGCUGUGACCAUGAACAAGCAGAUGAACGGUACUAGUGGAGUUCGCAAGCGUGUCUCACAUGGAAAACCAGUGAAAUUGAUGCGUGGUCUUCAGCUUAGCAAGUCAUCCCCGCCGCUUUCUCCUUCGUCACUCGUAGCUGGAACAGGACGUACAUCCCCAUCUUCCGGAACCGGAACAGCAACAGGAGCAACUGCUAUGCCAAAAUUGUCGACCUCUCUUUUGGCUCUGAUUUCAGGUGCCAAAAAGUCUACUGCCGCAAAACUUCCUGCCGAUGUUUUUGGGUUGAGGAAGAAACAGAGAGAACAGACUGGAAAUGGCACGACUGGCCAGGAAACUGGUGCACCCUCUAGUGGUCCGGAAAGCAGUGGCGGUUUUUUGCAGAAGCUAAGCGGAUCAGUGUCUUCGGUCUUUUCUUUCGGAGGUAAACAAGGCGAAAGCAAAGCUCUGAUGCCGCAAAAAGAUGUAAAAACAAUAUCUACAGCCACCCUUGGUCUUGACAAAAAUCGAGGUCUUGUCGAUCGCGCGGUGAAGAAGGAUGUUGAUUCGGGUACAGACGUUGAGCCACAUUUUCAAAGGGUAGAACAAGCACGUGCUCAGGCUGCUGCUACUGGGAUGAAGGCUGGCGUGAUGGAAAGAUUCUUCUCCAGCAUGGGCAACAACAACAACAACCAAGAGAAAAAGUUCGCAGCUGCAACCCCUUCUACUACUAGUGGUGCAGGAGUAGAUGAGCAGUUGAGCGAGAGAGUUACUGCUAGCGAGAAAGUUACUGCUGAGCUGCAGCGAUUGGGGGAGAAUUUUGAGGCUCGCACUCUUUCCGCCGAAGCGCGCGCCGACGCAGCUGAAGAAAAGCUUCGCUCACUGCGGUACAUGCUGAGCGAAAACCAGUCGCCAUCACGACUGAAGCUUUCAAACAAAGAAAGCUUUGAAACGAGGAUCGGAGCUGUCCUCAUGCUCCUAGAUGACACGACUAGAAGGGCGGAUGUUGAACAAGAAGAGGAAGCACAACGCCAAGAACAAGAUGGCGGCACUUUAUCCUCUACCUCUGUUUCAACGAUAAUUGGUGAAGCUGGUUCUACUGUAGGAGCGACAGCUGCCGCCAACACAGCGAAGACCCCAACACUAGGCCGUCCUCGUGGUGCUGACGGAAACAUCGUGAUGACUGAGUCAGAGCGUCUGAAUAUCGUUUUUGAGGUGCAUGAGCUGGAGCAAAUGUAUAACCGACUGCUGCAAAAGUGCAAAGCCGAACUGGAGCAUCAGCGGCAACAGCAGCAGCAUUUGCGGUAUGUGUCGCGUGAUCGGAUUUCAAAAUUGCAACUGGAGCUCGCUGAGGCAAAUAAGCUGAUGCGCCACCAAUCGCCCGAACACGAGGAGAGCCAUGCAGCACAGAGAAUGCGCUUUCUCAGGAACAAAGUCGACCGCCUCGAAGCUGAGAGGAGAAGACUGGAGGCCGCACUUCUUAGCGGCACCUAUGUGUUAGGUACGGGGUCAUUUCCAGGAGGCGCAUUUGAUGAUGUUGAAGGGCGUACGUCUCAGUUGUCGCUUACAAGCGGCGACAAGGUUGGAAGUAAGAGCAGUAUCGGAUCUGUUGCGACUUCAGUAGACCUACUUCCACGCAACAUGAAAAACAGUAAAGACCUUCUUCUCAAGUUAGGCGAACCUUCUCGAGACGCAGCGGCUCUAGCCGAAGGAAUUGCGAGAGUCGAUGGAUUGAUCACCGAAACUGAAAAGGGAUUAUUGAAGGUUGUGGAAGCAAGUUCACCGGACGAUGUGCUAGACAGCGAACUGCACUCGUUGAUUACAUCUGGGAUUGAAACUUUGCAAGCGAGUGCAGCUUCACUUCGCACGGCGAUCCAAGAGUUUGGGUCUUGUCGAGAAAAACUCAGUUCAGUGCUCUUCGAUUUGAAACCAGCACAGAAUGCGUCUAUCGCCACGGAAGGCGCAGCAGCAGAACCUUCAUCUGCAGCUCCCGCUGCAACGAGUCUCCGGAGUGAUGCAGAGUCUGUUGCGCUCCAGCGGGGCGUCGCUGCGAGUAACUUGCGGGAACUGAGUAAGUGGCUGGACGAGUUUUAUCUAAAUGAGCAGAACAGUGAUCGAGGCGUGCCCACGACGACCUCUGAGGAAGUUAGCAAGUUGGGUGAAGUCCUCGUAGACUCAACAUCAGCUGCACCUGCAUCAUCGUCCGCACUGAAAAAGCAGAAGGAGCGUUUGAAUCGGUGGCGUGUCAAGGAAGCUGAGUUCCUUCGCGAAGAGCAGGAAGAAAUCUUGAAGGAUUUUGAUCGAGUUCGUGCUGUGUUGAAGUCUCGUUUCGUCUCUUUUGAAACGCGCAUAGCAGAAUGGCGGGUUCGAUGUUCGGACGCUGCAGCUGCAGACCUCAGCUUGUUUGCAGACAAGAGUGCAGGAAAUCAUGGUACAACUUCUGGUGUGGCUGCAGUAGGCGUUGCUCCCUCUGCUUCCCCAGCUCGUGGAACUCCAGUGACGACCGGUGGGCAUCAAGAACCUGCUUCCAAGAACGCUGCAGCAUCUACAGCGUCACCACCUGGGAGAACAAAUUCGUCUAGAAGUACUUCCUCACCAUCCGGCUCCCCAGCACAGCAAGUUCGAAUCAUCGCUCCUGGCGCCAACAAGAACGCUGCAGCAGCACCCAGGUCUGCCAGUAAGGUCUUAGAGCGUGCUAUGGCGAGGCACGACUCGCGACGACGAAUCCGGGAACGGAAACACGCUCGUGCGCACGAGUCGCGGAACAUCAUACUUAGAAGGGGUCGUACUAGCAAGAACGGAACUUGGGACACGAUAUCGGAGUUCACAACGGAACUAGAUAAUUCCUCCAGAUUCGAUCAUUACACCGCAGAUGAACAAACCGAUGUUCCAGGAGCUUCUGCUUCGGGAGUUGAUGUUCCGCGAACAGGAAUUGCUGAUCUCCUCGAAGUAGCAGCAGGUCUAGGUGGACUCUAUGAAGAUGAGACCAAGAAUUCUCUUGGUGCUUCUUCUGCUGGGAACUAUGUCUCCUUUGACAGUGAAGAAGGUAGCGAGGAUGUAGCUCCUGCUGGACCUGAAGCUGCUGCUGGUGUUGGCCGACCUGAAGCUGCUGUCGGCGUUCUUGGCCGACCUGAAGCUGCUGUCGGCGUUCUUGAUGCACCCCAACAGAGCGAGACCUCCUCCAGCCUCCAAGUGCAUCAAGAGAUGAAUGGCACUGUUGAUCUCAACAACAGCACUCCAUCCAUGCGGAUCCAGGAACUCGAAGAAGUCCUUGACAGGAGAAUGCUCAAUACUCAAGAGGACAGGGAUCAUGAUGCGGAUAGGGGUGCUGGGCCAAGGGCUGGGUCUGAUCUACUCUACAACGCCCUAAACGCCCAAGAACGUGACCAUUUUCUCAACCAGCCGCCAUCUGGUAGUCUGAUUGUUCUUGGGGCGGGAGGUUCAAGAACAGCUGCACCUGAUGUAGUUCAAGCUGAAGACCGUUCCGGUGCCGCAGCUCAAGUACUAGAACCUGAAGGAGAUGAUACUCUCAUCGACUCGACAUCGCGACAGGACGAAAAUGAAGAGACGAGCCUUGGAGCUAGUAUGGCCCUCAACGGUGGCGAUACGACAGCUGAUGAAAUGGCCAAUACAACUUCUAGGCGAGAUGACGAGCCGUCAGUAGGCAGAGUCGAGGACACCAGCCGAAUUGCAAAUGCGGGACAUCAACCACAGCAAGAGGAGACCGAAGAAACUACUUCAUCAGUGACUGCACAGCCACAGGAGCCUACAACAGCGUCUUCUAUACCACAUGUAAAAAAGCUAAACGACACGCAAGCUUCGACGUUGAAAUUGAAUGAGCAGGAGGAGUCGCUCUAUUCAUUGGACCAUCAUCAUGAAGCCGAUCGAAGCCCGCCUUCAUCCCCGACACAGCCACUAGGUCUACAAGAAGAAUUUGGCGGAGCAUCCUUUAUCAUAGCCAACGACAUGCUUUUUUUAGAGACGGUGCCCGAGACAGAGGAAACUGAAAGCCCACGCGACAUCGACACCGACAAUGGGAAUGCCCAAUCGGAACCUAAUCAAGCAGUAGCUGGUAUGCUUACACUUAGAAGCAGCAGGCCGUCAAGCUAAAGUGGGCUCAGGAUGAAAACAAAUUUACUUUUGUUCUCAAUGAUUUCUUUUUCUUAUUCAUUGGUUGGAUGGUAAGCUGAUGAUCUUUCUCUCUAUCAGCUAUCUGGACUGCUUCCUCCUAUCCUGUGCAAAACUUGACCGCAAAACUUAUACAUAGUAUUUUUUCGUUCGUUCUUUUUGAUUAUGAAUCGUAUUUAGUGCGUUUUUUACAUACAUAAAAAGCUCAUCUUAACACAUAGAGGCUUUUCCGCUUUUCCGUUCUUCCUUAUCUUAUUUUUUGUCUGCUGAUUCUGGUACUUCUACUUCGUCUAGUCCUUGACUUGUUCACUGAUUAUACGGAAAAAAUCUUCACACGCAUACCUUCCCAUUGCUUUGAACCAAAACUGUAGGAUUGUGUAAAAGCUGCGCAGGCAGCGAAGUACUAGCGACACUGAAAGCACGUAGCGCGCUCC